CGGUGAGGGAACACGGAGGGCGCCAUAGCCACCGUAGUCGUGGCGACCAGGAAGCCCGGCAACAACAACAACAACCGCCCACCCUCCCUGCCUCUGCGCGAUUCCCGCCAAAAUCGAGAGAGAGCACGAUAGUCGCGACGACGUCCCCGCCCCCUCCCUCAGGGGACGAGGCCUCGCGGGGCCGGGACAGUCCAGGUUUAAUUAUAGGCAACUAGAACUACAUGCCAUAUAAUAAUACAACAUUUUUACUGGAAUAUGCAGUUUGGCUACAUGUGAAAACCAUUCCAUUCAAGAAAAAGGCUUACGUUACCGAAUUGCAGGCAGCCCAACAACAAUCACAACAACAGCAACAGUCUCAGCAACAGCCAGCAGCAACAGCAAACACAACAACACCAGUGGUGGUGGCAGCAGCAACUCAACAACAGUAUGUGGCAGAAUUGCAAGGUGCCCAGCAGCAACAGCAGCAGUCAACCCCAAAACAGUAUGUUACAGAAAUCCCAACUUCUCAGACACAGGCUCCACCCACUGGACAGCAGACACCAACGCCUGCGCCACAGCAGUACAUUGUAGUAACUGUUUCUGAAGGCUCCAUGAGGCCCAGCGAUACCGUUUCAGAGUCCAGUCCAGGGUCCACAGCUACACAGUCAGGAGUGCCGACUCAGGUGGUUCAGCAAGUCCAGGGCACUCAGCAGAGGUUAUUGGUUCAAGCCAGUGUACAAACAAAACCUGGAACAGUAUCUCCUCUGCAGCUUACAAGUGUGCAAGUUCCCCCACAGCGACUCGUGGUACAGAAUACACCACAAACUAGCAAAGGAGGAUCCAUAGCUUUGACUGUACAUGGUGUGCAACAAGUCCACUCUUCACCUGAGCGCUCCCCUGUCCAGAACAGUAACUCUGCCGCUAAACCAGGACAAGUACAGCAGCUCCAGGUCCACGGAGUCCAGCAAGUGCCUGUUGCACAAGAGAGAUCUGUUGUGCAGACAACUCCCACAACUCCCAAAGCAGGUACAGUGCAACAACUGGCAGUGCAAGGGCUCCAACAGGUUCAUGUUACCCAAGAGGUCCAGCAGCUUCAGCAGGUUCCUGUGCAGCAUGUCUAUCCUAAUCAGGUUCAGUAUGUGGAAGGAGGAGAUGCUAGCUACACAGCAAGUACCAUACGCUCCAACACUUACCCUUAUACAGAAACACCUCUCUAUACUCAAAACACUGGAGCAAAUUACUAUGAAUCCCAAAACACCCCGACGCAGGUCUCCAGUCCAGCAACCUCACAAACAGUGGCCAGCAGUGGCUCUGUACCUAUGUAUGUUUCUGGAGGACAAAUCAUAGCCAAUCCGAAUGGAAGCAGCAGUACAGCAGCAGGAGGAGGAGGAGGGGGAGGAGGAGGAGCACCAGCAGCAGCAGGAAAUGGUGCUGGUGGUGGUAGCACUGCUGGUGGAGGUAGCGGUGGUGGUGGAGGAGGAGGAGGAGGAGGAGCAGCUGGUGGCAGCAGCAGCACAGGGACCUAUGUGAUUCAAGGAGGUUACAUGCUGGGAAGUUCAAGCCAGUCCUAUUCACACACCACCCGUGCCUCUCCUGCAACAGUCCAGUGGCUGCUGGAUAACUAUGAGACCGCUGAGGGUGUGAGCCUUCCUCGCAGUACCUUGUACUGCCAUUACCUCCUGCAUUGUCAAGAGCAAAAACUGGAGCCAGUCAACGCAGCAUCUUUUGGAAAGCUGAUCCGCUCAGUAUUUAUGGGACUCCGAACUCGCCGGCUUGGAACCAGAGGGAAUUCUAAAUACCACUAUUAUGGGUUGCGCAUCAAAGCCAAUUCUCCAUUGCUGCGGCUCAUGGAGGACCAGCAACAUCUGGCCAUGAGGCAACAGCCUUUUUCUCAGAAGCAACGGCUCAAAUCCAUUCAGAAAAUGGAGGGCAUGACCAAUGGAGUAGCUGUAGGGCAGCAACAGGCCUCGGGGCUAUCUGAUAUCAGUGCCCAAGUGCAACAAUACCAGCAGUUCUUAGAUGCUUCUCGCAGCUUGCCUGACUUCACAGAGUUGGACUUACAAGGGAAGAAUCUCCCUGAGGGUGUUGGGGCUGAAGAUGUGAAGGCUUUCCAGUUGCUGUAUCGAGAACAUUGUGAGGCUAUUGUCGAUGUGAUGGUAAACCUGCAGUUCACACUGGUAGAGACACUCUGGAAGACUUUUUGGAGGUAUAAUUUGAACCAGCCCAGUGAAACCACCCCUAUUGUUAUCCAUGAUGAAGCAGAAAAGCGUCUCCCAAAGAGCUGCUUGGUGAUUCUGUCUAAGUAUGAGCCUGUUCUCAAAUGGACUAAAGACUGUGACAACUUGCUAUACCAGGGUCUGGUAGAGGUCCUCAUCCCAGAAGUGCUUCGGCCCAUUCCGAGUGCCUUGACACAAGCAAUCCGAAACUUUGCAAAAAGUUUGGAGAGCUGGUUGACAAAUGCUAUGAUGAAUAUUCCAGAAGAGAUGGUCCGAGUGAAGGUGGCUGCAGCAAGUGCCUUUGCCCAGACCCUGCGACGUUACACUUCUCUAAACCAUCUUGCCCAGGCUGCCCGGGCUGUUUUACAGAAUACAGCUCAAAUUAAUCAGAUGCUAAGUGAUCUCAACCGGGUUGAUUUUGCUAAUGUCCAGGAACAGGCCUCAUGGGUGUGCCGGUGUGAGGACCGUGUGGUACAGCGGCUCGAACAAGACUUCAAAAUGACUCUGCAGCAGCAGAACUCUCUGGAGCAGUGGGCAGUGUGGCUGGAUGGUGUCGUCAGCCAGGUCCUAAAACCCUACCAUGGCAGCCCCAGCUUUCCCAAAGCUGCCAAACAUUUUCUCCUCAAGUGGUCCUUCUAUAGCUCCAUGGUGAUUCGGGACUUGACCCUGAGAAGUGCAGCCAGUUUUGGCUCCUUUCAUCUCAUCCGCCUCCUCUAUGAUGAAUAUAUGUACUACCUGAUAGAACAUCGUGUAGCUCAGGCCAAGGGUGUGACUCCUAUAGCUGUCAUGGGAGAGUUUGCAAAUCUGGCAAGUUCCUUGAACCCUUUGGACCCUGAUAAAGAUGAAGAAGAGGAAGAAGAGGAGGAGAGCGAUGAGGAGAUGCCUCAAGAAUUGUCUCUUAGCUCCAAUGAAUCCAGCAGCCUAACAGCCGAGCCUAUGGAGCCACCCUCGAAACUGGCACGGACAGAUUCACGGGGCAUCUUUGUGCAAGCACUGCCUUCCAGUUAAAGAGGGAUAAAGGAGGGACUGACUACUAAGUGGCCAGCAGGAAGUCAGGGUGCAUCUUGCACUGCGUUGUGCUGCCCUGCGAUAAAGAUGUGCUGUUCCCUGUCUCCGAGUGGUAUGCAAUGCGCUUUCAUUUCAUCCCGUCCCUGGCCUACCUGUACCCAAUACAAACCAAGUAACAUCCCAGCAACACUCCCCACUAAAAGCCUGCCUGGUAGCACUGGGGGGUGCUUGGUUAGUGGGCUGGUCAUGGUUUCACUGAUUGGGUCAGUUUCUUUUUUUGACUACCUCCUUGAUUACCAUAGGUAGUCUGAAACUGGCUUAAGCCAUGACCCCUUCCACCCUGGGCUGAUUAUUGAAGGGAAUUUAUACCAAGCAUGGUCCCAGAUUACGCUGCUGGGAAUGCAUAAAACCCAUGCUUUGAGAUUAUAAAACUGGCCCAAGUUUACCAAGGGCCUAGCCUUUUCUGCCUUUUGGCAGAAGUAUGAUAUGCAGAGUCGCUGGCACACCUGAGUUGGUUGAGUCAUUGAAACUGAUUCUUGGUGAGUCAUUCCAUCCACUAGUUGGAUCAGGUUGAAUGUCAAUUAUAUUGUGGGAAACUCCUUGUGUCUGCCUGUUCCUUGAUGCUAAGCAUCUGUCUUACAGUACUUAAGGCUGCUGGAGUUUGGAUUUCCAGAAGCUUGGACCGUGAUGGUAAAUGCUUGGGUAUAGGUCAGGAAUUUGCAAGAAUUAGUCCAGCUUGAGUGAAAAGUUUGUGUAAUAAUCAGCAUUGAAUUCUUGAAGCUUUCUGUGGCAGUGGCUGAAUUUAUAAGUGGAUUUCUCAGUGCAGUAUAUGCAACUGGGCUUUCAGCUAUUCAAUGGUGCGAUGUUAUUUGGAAUAGGGCAGCAUACACUCUGUGUAGCUGUAAUUGUAUCCAAGUUUGGUUUGCCAUAGAUGUAUACAUAAUGUUCAUUACUAGGACAAAUGCCAUCUGCUGUGCCCGUCUUUGACCCAGCAAAAUUCUGGCUUUUUUUUUAAGAGGAAAAAAAGGGGGGGGGGAGAUUUCAGCAUCAUGGUUUCACUUGAUACAUCUCAAAAUUGUGUCUGCCACUCUAGAUUUUCUAAUAGAGCUCAUUCUAAUUCUUCAGUUGUCCAGUGCUAAUUUCUCCUGGACAAUUUAUCCGAAGCCCACUGUUAUGUUAAAAAAAAUUCAGCCUCACAUUAAAUGUCUAAAUUUAUGGAUGCUUAAUGUACAUUUGAAGUUCUGCUGCAAGGUUUUUUCUGUUUCUACUUUCCCCCUACUUUUUGGGAGCAGGGUGGCAAGCAGGAGUAAUGUUCUAUUCAUGUGCGUUUUUAUCAUCCCCGAAUACAGUUUUUGUAUGCAGCUUUCAGACUCUUGGUGCUUCUCCUGAUGAUUAUGAUACGCUUGCAACUUUUAGCCAAAUUCUGGAAUUACCUGAGACAUGUCAUGAAAUCCUACACUAUUAGUGUGAAGCCAGCCUAAGUGAGCCAUUUUUUGAACUCUGCUAGCACAUCAAACAUAACUAACUCAACCUGUUUUGCUAAUACCUUUUAUUUUCCAAGCCUUACAUUGUAAAGCUAGUGGCACUAAAAGUACAUUUAGCCUUGGCAGAUGCUGGGGCUUCAUUGACCAAGAAACAAUGUUUAGAAACCUCACUGUUGACUUCUUAAGGCCAUUACAGUGCUGGUGAUUGAAGUGGGGUUAAUUCUUUUUCAAGUGCUUGUAAUCCAAAGAUUGCCUGCUAUACAGGAAUAAGCUAGAAAGUGGGUAUAGGAACUGCUACAAUCUACACCACUAUGGAACAGGGUGCUUACUCAUCUCAGCCUAAACUUCUAUUAGCCCACCAUUACCUUAUUGCAGAAUAACUAGAACAGAAUGCAACAGAAACUCGACUGGUCGAAACAAUACACAGACAUUUCAUUGUCAACUUGCUGAGAAACAGGAAGCCAAAUGGACCAGAAAAUGAUUGGGGUAUAAAUGCAUACAAAACCAUAAGCAAGGAUCAGCAAUGCAGAUUUCCUUCCUACUUGAGAAGGGAUAACACAAAUGGUCAUUAUAAAUCAACUGGAUUCAUACUUCACCAACUGAAAUUGUUUUGACUUUACAGCUAUUUAGAAUUGAGCAUGAAGACUUGGGUUCAAUUAGCAGCAAAAGCUAUUUUAUUUUGCAGCUGGGCAAAAUUACUACAGUGCCAUUCUUCACUUUUUGACUAAAUCUUAAAGAUUACGUAAAGUGUACGCAUCUCUGUGAAAAUAAUUUUUUGUGUGCUUUCUAAAGAACUUAUUUAAGCACUAAAUAGCCAAUGGUUUUUGAAUCCAAAUUAAUGAUACUACUGUAAUAUUCCCCUGCAGAAGUCUUUUAACUAUGUGAAAUAUCUGUAGGCUUUUAAAUAAUACAGAUGGGCUGGAGUAAGCGGUCAAAACAAUAUCUUCUUAGAUUUCAACCCAUCUCUACAUGCUAUCUAUCCAUUUAGCCCAGGCUUCCAUGCAAAAGCGCUCAGUCUGAUAACCCAGAAGUUAGCCUGACAACCUAAAUUCCCUGAGCAAGAAAAUAAGCCUAUGAAGAGUACAUACUGCAGACAAAAGGCCUCUACUUGCUAUUCCUCCUUAGAACACCUCUCCACAGUGGAAACCAUAAUGAAAGAAACCCAUUUUUAAAAUAUCUUUAUUUCCAUCUUCAGCUAAAAGGCAAGGAGCUGAUCCAGCUGCUUCUAGUCCAGGAUAAGCUCCAAUGAAAUAAAUGCAGCUUCCUUAGCUGCAGGUGACAUUAGAGCACCAGGAUCACAUAUUUUGGGGUUUUAGUCAUCACAUUUGUUCUGUCCAAUUUCUUUUGCUACAGCAAGUCAAAUGUGUUUCAGGCACUGAACAUAAACUUGUUACCUUGUAGUCCCUUAAAUAUGUAAGCCUAACAAAGCUAUUUCUAGCAUAAAACUGUCUUUAACAUAGUUGUGAAGUGGCACAAUCUUGAAAGGGAGUAAAUAGAAAGAAAACAUAAAAGUUUUGGACCUUUCUGCUUUGCUCCUGAAGCAAAAUGCUGCCUUCGAGGAAAUUUUUUGCACAUAAAGCACCUCUUAGUUUUGAAUUACAGUAUAGAUAGUAUUUGCAAGAUGCAAGUGAGAAAGAAAUAUUCUCCCUUCCCUGCCUUUAUUAGAGGUGCCAGAGCCAAUAUCCCCUUGUAUAAGAACCCAGUCUUUCAGAGAAGCACCUUAAUUCCCCUAUCUGGCUCAACUAUCAUUUUCAUAAACGAUUUGCAGCACGUAGUAUCGAUGGUUCUACAGUUCGUUUCUUGUGGCAUACUUAAAAUUUCAAUUCCAUUGUCCUGGACAUAUGCAUACCUUGGUUUGUUGGAUGUACGAGUAUACCCAUCAGUGAAUAGUAUGUUUCGUGCCCCAACAGGAUAACCAAUGAUAUCUACAAGGACAAGCAUUAAUCAGGUUUUGAGAAAUAGAUUCCUCUGUUCCAGCAUUUCCCCCAGUCCUUGCUCUCCGAAAUGUAUGCAGAUUGACAUUUAGCUUUAUGACAGUCCCAAUUCUGGUAAAGAAAUGGAUCUAAUUGUUCACAAAAACCUUGCUUCUGUGAGCUAGCUAUUCUCUCUAUAAACUGCAUAAUGUUGGAUCCACCAAUCACACAAGACCAACAACACGAAUAAGCUUACCUUUGUAUUCAGUUGCUGCCUUACACAACAAAAUCCUUUCUCUCUGAACCAGAAUUAUCUCCAUUCACUAAGCAAAUUGGCUGCAGAGCAGCUAGGAACAGUUGUUAGCAAACCCAAGUCAGUCUGGAUUCUACAGAUUGCAGAAAUACUUGCCGAGUAUGUUUAGUAGCCCACACAAACCAGUCCUGUUCCCUCUCUGUGCUAGUAACUAAGCAAACAGAUCUGAUUACUUGCUACUCUAGUGAAAGUAAUCACUCUUCUGGUUUGUAACUGAAUAUUAGAUAUUCUAGUUUUAAACAAAAAUAUCUGUGCUUUUCUAUGUAAUAACUAAUUCUUGUUCUAUAAACCACCUAAAUAUUGUGAGAUUGGUGAAGAUAAAUUACUUGAUAUUUUUGGGUUUUUCAACCAUCAUGGCCUUAUUUGUUCAAUUUUUCCAGUGUUUUAAACCUGUGAUAUAGA